AUGACGGUCUGUACUUAUAACGCACGUACGCUGGCAUCGGAAGCGACCAUCGAAGAUCUGAUCAUGCAAACCAAGAAGAUUAAGUACGACGUCAUCGGACUGACCGAGACGAGACGACAUAACCCUCUCAACGCCGUAUAUGAAUCUGGAGAAGAACUGUUCUUAGGAACAUGCGACAGUAGAGGUGUUGGUGGAGUUGGCCUCCUCGUCAACAAGAUUAUGACAACAAACGCCGACUCUUUCGAACAACUUACGACCCGAGUCGGGCGUCUGCGGACGAGAAGAUGUGGUCUAGCCCCAGCUUUGACUAUCUUCGUCGCUUACGCUCCAACAUCAAGCUACGAAGAAGAAGAAGAAGUGGAAGCUUUCUAUCUGAACAUGGAGAAGUUCUAG